UUGAAGUGUACCUACUUGAGGUGGGGUGAUUUUUGGGCCAUUUCCGAGUUUGCUCAAUCCUUACAAAGACUGUCUCUUAAUGUGCUUAAUUUUUGCAAUUGUUUUUUUUUGUCACUUUCAAUUUUCUCAAUUUCAUGAACUAGAUUUGUAAACUAAGCUUUCGCAUCAACAAUAAUUGAAAGUGUUACAUUAAUGUAUUUUAGUUUGAUAGCAACAGUUUCUCACUCGAAAAAGAGAAAAGUUCAAGGAGAGCUUUUCGUGAGCCUAAUGAUCCGCUGUUCAGCAAACAGUGGUACAUCAACAGACAAAGAGGUCAGACUCUCAAUGUCACGUCUGUAUGGCCACAAUAUACCGGGAAAGGAGUCGUUGUUGCUGUGGUUGAUGAUGGUGUAGAUGGACGUCACCCUGAUUUGAUACGCAACUACAAAUUCUCAGCGGGCUUUGAUUUCCUGGAAAAUGACACCGAUCCAAGGCCAAAAGGAAGACGCGUAUCAGGGCAUGGCAACAAUUGUGCAGGUGUUAUUGCCGGUAAUGCAAAUAAUAGCUUGUGCGGUGUUGGGAUUGCAUACGAUGCUGAAAUUAUAGGGAUUCGCCUUUUUGAUGAAAACAUCAAAUCAACUGAUGCUACAGAAUCGAAAGCCUUGGUCCACAAGCUGGACAAAGUGGACAUCUAUUCUAAUAGCUGGGGCCCUGGGGACAUGGGAUGGCAGGUAGAAGGUCCUGGCAAAAAGACCAAAGCUGCUCUUAAACGCGGAGUAGAAGAGGGACGUAAUGGUUUGGGUGCCAUCUACACAUUUGCAGCUGGUAAUGGCGGUAUAACCCAGGACAGCUGUGCCUAUAAUGGUUAUGUUAACAGUAUCUACACUAUCGCCAUCAACGGUGUYAACGAAGAUGGUUCAAACCCUACUUAUGCAGAAGAGUGUCCUAGUAUCAUGGCAACGGCUUACAGCCGAGACACACUAAGACGAAUUGGGGAAGUUAUAACAACUGAUGGGCAGAACGGAUGCAGUAAGGCUUUUGGUGCGUCUUCUGCGUCUACAGCGAUGGCUUCUGGUCUGAUUGCUUUGGCUCUUCAAGCUAAUCCCAACCUAACCUGGCGUGAUGUGCAGCAUAUUAUCGUGAGAAGUUCGAGAUCAGCACCAGGAGGAAAGGAACUUCAGCGUGGAGAUUGGCAAACUAACAAGGCUAAUUUUACAGUCAGUAAAUUCUAUGGGUUUGGUUUAAUGGACGCAGGGGAGAUGGUCCGAAUUGCAAAACAAUGGAAAACAGUUCCCCCUCAACAAAGAUGUGAGAUAAAAGGCAGUGACAUUAACAGCACAAUUCCAGCAACAUUUAAUGUCUCAGUAUCAAACGCUAAUUGUAACAUUACUCACUUGGAACAUGUGCAAGUCAAAGUUAAUCUUCGUUUUGGUAGACGAGGAGAUCUAGGACUAGAACUAACAGCUCCAAGUGGCACCAGUUCUCCUCUAACGCGUCGUCGAAGGAUCGACAACCUUACGGGAUUUAAAAAUCUGACAAACUGGGCAAUUACAACACUGUUCAAUUGGGGCGAGAAUCCUGUGGGUGAAUGGAGGCUGAAAGUUACAAAUUUAGAUCCUUUUUAUUAUUAUUAUUAUACUAGAGGUACACGAGAUACACUCUACAGUUGGUCCCUGAUAUUGUAUGGAACUUCAUUACAUCCAACAGAAAGUGAUGAAUGGCAGCCAUCUAGGCCUCUUUCCUCAACUUCAACUCCUCCUUCAGUUAAAGUUGAUGGUCAGUACUCACCGUGGAGUUACUGGACUCUUUGUAACAAGACAUGUGGUGGAGGAACUCAACGACGUUUCCGCGCAUGCACCAGCCCCAGGCCCCUGAACGGCGGUAAAGACUGCAACGAAACCCUACUUGGUCAAUCGACGGAAUCUCAAAGCUGCAAUACAAAUCCUUGCCCAAUUCACGGUGGAUACUCGUCGUGGUCCAGAUGGACCAGAUGUUCURCGACAUGUGGGAGAGGAUACCAGUACCGYUCRCGUACAUGUACUAAUCCCAGACCCCAAUAUGGUGGAAGAGACUGCAGGAGACUCGGUCUAGCUAGGCAGCGGGAGCAAUGCAAUCUACGACGUUGUCAAGUUGAUGGUGGAUGGAGUGCAUGGGCUACAUGGGRUCAUUGUUCCGUAACAUGUGGUGGUGGAAUUAGGUAUCGUUAUCGUCAGUGCAACAGUCCCCAGCCCAGAAAUGGUGGAAGAAGCUGCAGAGGCAAACACUGGGAAUCGCAAACCUGCAACAMAUAUGCUUGUCCAGGACAAGAAAACCGCGUAAYACCAGUUGAACGUAGCAGCGACAUCGUUUGUAGAGACGUAUGGCCAUCGUUUUGUGAAACGAAUGGUUGGAUCUGUUYCUCUGAGAGCUGGAAACCAUAUGUGAAUCAAAAUUGUCGCUACAGUUGUGGACUCUGUCAAGUUCACGGUGGAUACUCGUCGUGGUCCAGAUGGUCCAGAUGUUCUACGACAUGUGGGAGAGGAUACCAGUACCGCUCACGUACAUGUACUAAUCCCAGACCCCAAUAUGGUGGAAGAGACUGCAGGAGACUCGGUCUAGCUAGGCAGCAGAAGCAAUGCAACAUACGACGUUGUCCAGUCUGUAGAGACGUAUGGUCAUCGUUUUGUAGAACGAAUUCUUGGAUUUGCAACGAAGAGAGCUGGAAAACAUAUGUGAAUCAAAAUUGUCGCUACAGUUGUGGACUCUGUCAAGAUGCAUCUUUCCAACUCUGCAGCAGCGCCAUCRUSCCUCCUCCCUGCARUCCUGACAAGUGGGUCUACACGUGCAAGACUAGCGCUGGUUACGUGACAUGCAAGAGUAACGCACUCACUCAAAUGAUCACGUGCUCGCCAUCUGUAAACACCGAUAUAUCGUGUUGUAGUAUCAAAUGCUCAAAUUGACCGAAAUUAUCAUUGCAAACGUAUGUAGGAUUCUGUAGGGGUGUAGCCAGAGGAUUCAAGGGCGGGAGACAGCACAAAACGAAAAUAGAACAUAAAACUACGUUGUUUACACUCAAUGCGAAAUAAAUGUUAGCAUGAUAAUUCAUCGCCAAUGCGCAAAACAAACCUCUUUACCUCGUAUCCAAGUUUUAGAAAAUUUCUAUUACAAUUGUUAUUGUUCUUAUUGGUAUUCAGUGUUAAGACAAUGAAGGUAAAGAAAAGAAAAUUAUUAAUACUUAUAUCCCUCCCAUCAAAGUUUCUAGUUCUCAGGGCAUUGCUAGAGUGGUUUUCAUUAACCCGUGAAACACACGYUAGCGUAUUUAUCGCUAUUACACUUUUUAUGAAAACCACUCUAACUCCUGUUUUCGGCUUGUUAUAUUCGAUUCUUUAUAGCUACUGAUUUWAUAUUAAGCGAGCUGACCCGGUUUAACGGUCUGGUUCGUCUUUUGUUAUGCCUUUCUUGAAGACACAAAACAAGAGAAAUUAGCAACUUGUAGCAAGGGCGAAAGAUCCAGCUCGCUUUAUAUAAUCAUUCCCAUUUCCUGAUGUAAUACUGUGGGAGACUGGAACCAGAACCUUUAUUCUAGCAUUUUGGAAAGGCUGUMAAUCGUGCUUAUUUGAUCUGAUUAACAACAAACAUUAUUAGUUUCUUAUAGAAAGUGUAAUGUUUCGUUCUGUAUAAGUCUAAUUCCAACACCGUGCUAAUUAAGGGACUUGUAUCCRGCCUUGCACGGUAUGAAAUCAGUAAUAGAUAAUUUCAAAUAUUGUAAAAGUAUCAAUAAAAAGAGCAUGUUUGAUUUCA